AAGAAGAAGAAGGAGGAGCGUGGCUACUUUACUGUGAGCAGGAGGAGGGAUCGUUUAUUGCAACCCGAUUAAGUGAGGGAGAACUCAGCAAUAACCAUGCCGAUGUUCGUGGUGAACACCAAUGUGGCCAAGAGCGACGUCCCUGCGGCGCUGCUGUCUGAGGCCACGGAGGAGCUGGCUAAAGCGAUGGGGAAACCAGUGCAGUAUAUUGCUGUGCACAUCAACCCAGACCAAAUGAUGAUGUUUGGAGGAAAGGGAGACCCCUGUGCACUCUGCUCCCUCCACAGCAUCGGCAAGAUCAGUGGCGCUCACAACAAGCAGUACUCUAAACUCCUGUGUGGACUGCUCAACAAACACCUGGGUGUCUCUCCUGACAGGAUUUACAUAAAUUUUGUGGACAUGGAUGCAGCCAAUGUGGCCUGGAACAGCACCACGUUUGGCUGAGUUUGAAAUCAACGCUCUCAAACAAACUACCAUUCCAACAUUCUCCUUCGUUACAAACCUAGUCAAGUGAUGAAAUAAAGAACAGAGACCCUCAGAAACACAUUAGUACUUUCAGAAUAUAAUAGGCUUGCCUAAAAAUUACUUAACUGGACCCCUUUCCUUUGCACUAAGUCUUUACCAUUCGGUUAAAUAAAUAAAAUCCUGUAAAU